AUUCACCCCGCACCGGCGCCAACCACUCCCUUUCCCCUUCUCGGACUCGCCUACUCUCAAGUUCUCAAAUCUCACAGAUUUGUGUACACGACAAAUUUUUGGGGCCUAUUUAAUGGAUAUCAAGGAGAUGCCUGGUGAUUUUGAAUCACAAAUGAUACAAACCAAGUUGGGGUUCUACUAUCUGGUGAGGUUGGGGUAGAAACAUUCUCUUUGAACUAACAUCAACAAUUAUAAAAAGACUUAACAAGAUUUUUUUUCUCAUCUUGUUUUUCAGAUAAAAAUACAACUUCUUGAAUCAAUGUGUGAAUUAAGUUUGGCAUGAUGCUUGACUUUUUAAGAGACUAACAAAAAGCAUCGUUGCCCUGUAGUUACCUCUGUAGGAAGGAGAACCAACUGAACAACAAUGAAGAAUCAAAUCAAAAAGAGAAAUAACAACAAAGCCCUGACGCCAGAGUCGAAAUUUCGAUCUGAUUUAAGUAUUUGCUCCAAAAAGAAAGACUUUGCAGACGCAAUCUCCCUAUUCGAUUCUGCAAUUUCUCAAAACCUCAAACUCAAUCUCCACCAUUUGAAUUGCUUCCUCUACAUAUGUUCUAAUUCCAUUGAAAGCACCACAGACAAGGCAAUUGAGAAAGGAUUCAGCAUUUUUAAUCAUAUGAUAUCGAGCAAGAUAAGCCCUAAUGAAGCCACUAUCACUGCCAUAUCUAGGUUAGCCGCAGCUAAAGAUGACGGUGAUUUGUCAUUUGAGUUGGUUAAGAGUUUGGUUAAGUAUAAUGAAAAUCCUAGGUUGAGAACAUAUGAUCCAGCAUUGUUUUGUUACGUGAAGAAAUUGGAUGCAGAAAAGGCGUAUUUAGUGGAGAAAGAGGUUUUGAAUAUGGGGUUGUUUUUGGAAGAACCGGAGAUUGCCGCGUUGCUAAAAGUGAGUGCGGAGGUAGGGAAUGAAGAGAAGGUGUAUGAGUAUUUGCAUAAGUUAAGAAUGGGUGUGAGAUGUGUGAGUGAAUCGACUGCRGAGRUCAUUGAGAAUUGGUUCASGGGAGAAAUGGGGGCGAAAGUGGGUGGUUUGGAAAAUUUGGAUAUGGGUCGGGUUAAAGAUGUGAUUUUGAGGAAUGGGGGCGGGUGGCAUGGGAUUGGGUGGAUAGGGAGAGGCAAAUGGGUGGUGCAGAGAACAACUGUWGGUUCAGAUGGUUGUUGUUGUGCUUGUAAUGAGCAGUUGGCUUGUGUUGAUAUUGGUAGAGAAGAGACAGAGAAGUUUGCUCAGUUAGUGGUAGCAUUGGCGAUUGAAAGGGAGAAGCGAUCAAAUUUCACUCAGUUUCAGAAUUGGUUGGAUCAACAUCAUGAUUUCGAAGCUAUAGUGGAUGGGGCAAAUGUUGGACUCUACCAGCAAAACUUUGCAGAAGGUGGAUUUAGUGUUUCUCAGCUUGAAGUUGUCGUUAAUGAGCUGUAUAAUAGAAGCAAAAAAUGGCCGCUCGUUAUUUUACAUGACAAACGUAUUCGUGCCCUUCUAGCAAAUCCUUCCAACCGAGGGCUACUUGAGGAGUGGAUUGAAAGAGGGUUUCUGUAUGGAACACCAGUUGGUUCAAAUGAUGACUGGUAUUGGCUUUAUGCUUCUGUAAAACUCAAGUGCAUGCUUGUGACGAAUGAUGAAAUGAGAGACCACAUUUUUGAACUUCUGGGCCGCAGUUUCUUUCCCAGGUGGAAAGAAAGACAUCAUGUUCACUACACAUUUGCAAAAGGCAAACUGAAAUUUCAGAUGCCACCAUCAUAUUCUCUUGUUAUUCAGGAAUCUGAGAAAGGGACAUGGCAUGCACCCUUAGCGGGCGAAUAUAAUGAUGAGUCAUUAAGAACAUGGCUUUGCAUUACUCGUCCAGGCUGCUGUGAAGCUUCUGAUGCAUUAGUCUCCAAGUUUGCAGAAGUGUCGGAAACUAAUAGAAUACAUGAUGAGAGUUACAAUUCAUCAACCAAAACGCAGGUUGGUAUAACCGGUAAAAGAAAGGAAAGAUCCCCAUCUCCGAUCAGGUAGCGGAAGUUAUAGGAGCUUCACUUGCAAGAACCAGCUUUCAGACACUUUUUUGGCAAUCACUGUUUCUUAGAAAGGUUGGAUAUUUUAAAAUUUAUUAACGGUUUUCUACUUAUUCAGACUCUGUCUGGAAGGAAUAUAUGUAUGCAUUAACUUAAUUUAAUAUCUACAUUUAGUGUUCAUUAUUGAAAGAGAUUUUGAGAUGGAAACAUGAAAUCCGUCU